AUGGCCUCCCCGCACCCCAACACCUCCUACACCCUCGCCUGGAUCUGCGCGCUCCCCGAAGAAUACGAGGUCGCGGUCGCCAUCCUUGACGAAAUCCACGGUUUACCGCAACACCAACCCCUCGAAGACAAAAACGCUUAUCUACUAGGCAGAAUAGGCGCGCAUAAUGUCGUUAUGGUCUGUCUCCCUGCAGGCCGGAUGGGGACAACUGCCGCGGCAAUCGUAGCGGAGAACUUGUGUCAGACUUUCCGGUCGGUGAAGUAUGGGUUUGUUGUUGGUAUUGGGGGUGGUGUUCCAGGGUCCGGGAGGGAUAUCAGGUUGGGAGAUGUGGUAGUUAGUGUUCCGGGGGGUGGGUAUGGGGGUGUUGUGCAAUAUGAUUAUGGUAAGGUUGGAGGUGAUGGGAGGUACAUUCAUCGGGAGCAUAUCAAUGCACCGCCGGGAAAGUUAUUGGCGAAUGUUACGCUUUUGGGGUGUCUUUCGAGGAAGAAUGUGGGUAAUCAAGGGAAUAUGACGGCUGAUAUCUUGGCGUCGCUGGGGGAGAAGUAUGCGUAUCCUGCCGGGCUGCGGGAUAGGUUGUUCUGCUCUGAUUAUUCGCAUCGCAAUAUCCCGGGAUAUACUGGCUGUGAAGCCUAUAAUCCUGUGGGCGAGGUGUUUAGAAGGCGGAGGACUAGUGAUUUGCCAGGUGUGCAUUUGGGUACGAUUGCUUCGGGGGAUGGUUUGGUUAAUAAUGCUGAACUUCGGGAUAGGUUGAACGGAGAAUAUGGGAGGUCAAUAUUGUGUUUUGAGUGUGGAUCAGCUGGGGUUAUGAAUAUUUUGCCUUGUUUGGUUGUCAAGGGCAUUGCGGGCUAUGCGGAUUCGCAUAAGUAUGAUGCGUGGAGGCCGCGGGCUAUUGCUGCUGCUUGCAGCUAUGCAAAGGCUUUGAUUUUGCAGAUUCCACCGGAAGAGGUGCCGCAGCAGGAGAAUUCUGUGCAUGUGACAGAUCUGAUCAAAGACCUGCGUGAUGAACUGGGUCAGAUAAAGGCGGCAAUUGAUGGUCUCUGGAGUCUUCAGAAAGAUAAAGCAUAUACAGAACGUCACACCGAUCAUCGCCUGACGACUGUGUGGAGCAGAAACGUGAGCAUCACCGCAAGCCUCACUAGCAGGCUAGCCUUCCCAUAUUAUAAGUUGAUGCAAGUGAGUCAGUAUCUGAGACAUGGUGUGUCGCUAUUCUUCGACAACGUCAAGCGAUAUAUUUGGUCUAUGCUACCUGACCACUUUGCAAGGCGCCAGAGAGCGGGCCCUAGUACUGGAGCACUCCCCUCCGUACUUUCGAUCCAAGGAUGGGGGUGGCAUCUCAUUGCAGAGCCGCAUAUGUGGAUGUCCUCGUGA